AUGCUCAAUGUCAUGGACAGGAAUGAGGUUUCACCGGCGUCUGCUGCGACCAUGAAAAAGAAGGCGGCGGGCGGCAGCGGAUGUAGCUACAUCAGCGCGCCCAAUGCUGCCGCGUCCAACUGUACGAGGAGCAACAGCAGCAAUAAUUUUGUAGACUCCGUUUCCACCGGUGCUGGCAGUCAAGCCGGUGCCGGUGUAAAGCAGCCCGGGCUGGCCAGCAACACCGUCAUGGACGAGACGGAGGACGGGGAAGAGGAGUCAAAGUUUCAGCAUCCACGGCUGCGCCGUGCCGGGGGGAGCGGCAGUGGUGGAGGAGGAGGAGGCGGCGGCGGCAGUAUCAGGAUGAAAAACUUUACGCCAGAAGGGGGAGCCGCGUGCGCAUCUACGGCGACUAAGAGGAGGUCCAACAGCCACGAGCCCUGCCUUGUACAAUCAGAUGACGCUCGUGCCGCCUCCGAACCCAUUGUAGCUUCCAGAGCGACCGAGAUCAACCUGACAACCUGCCCGGGAGAUGCUGUCGGGCGCGGCGAGACCAUCAGAGCGACAGGGGCGGAGGUGUCUGGAGCAGCGGUCGCGGUUGAGGUUUUAAACGCGGCAGCAGGUGAUGGUUGCAACAGCGUCGCUCCCAUUUCCAGCAUGAAAUGCAACAAAAACGGAGAAUGCAGGCGGGACUCAGGUACAGGGAGCCUGCGCUCGAUCAUCUCCAAGCAGGAGAAGCAGACGGGCGGUCCGGGGAGGGCCGAGGACGGGGGGAAGCGGGGAGCGUGUAACUCGACCACGGCCAGCAUGGACGGCUCAAUCACGCCGGGCGGGUCCCUGACCCAGGGCCAGGGCGGAGACCAUCCCGGCGUCACCCCGGUCUCGUCGGCUUUCCCCGAGAAAAAGGACUCCAGAGUGUCCUUCUCCAACGCUCCGAGUCGGAAAGCCUCUUCCUCGAUCCUGGGCCAGACCCAGACAGGUCAACCCAGGAACUCUGUCACCUUCCAGAAACCCGAGGGUGGACCCCAGAUUGUGGCCGACGAUUCGGAGCCCCAAGGCAGCCAAGCCAGCUUCAUGCAGCGCCAGUUUAGCAACAUGCUACAACCUGGAGUUAACAAAUUCUCCUUACGCAUGUAUGGCAGUCAAAAGGCGGUGGAGAGGGAGCAGGAAAGGGUUAAAUCCGCUGGAAACUGGAUUAUCCACCCCUACAGUGAUUUCAGGUUCUACUGGGACUUCACCAUGCUGAUGUUCAUGGUGGGCAACCUGAUCAUCAUCCCCGUGGGCAUCACCUUCUUCAAGGACGAGACCACCACACCCUGGAUCAUCUUCAACGUGGUCUCCGACACCUUCUUCCUCAUGGACCUGGUCCUCAACUUCCGCACAGGCAUCAUCAUAGAGGACAACUCCGACAUCAUCCUGGACCCCAAGACCAUCAAGAAGAAGUACCUGAAGACCUGGUUCAUCGUGGACUUUGUGUCGUCCAUCCCUGUGGAUUACAUCUUCCUCAUCGUGGAGAAGGGGAUCGACUCGGAGGUGUACAAGACAGCCCGGGCGUUGAGGAUCGUCCGCUUCACCAAGAUCCUCAGCCUGCUGCGCCUGCUCCGCCUGUCCAGGCUCAUACGCUACAUCCACCAGUGGGAGGAGGCUGGCCAGGCCGCCCACUCCUCAGCCCCUCCCCUGAGCCAUGAGCGUCUGUGUUCCUGUUUGUCGAGUGUGACGCUGGGAGGCUGGACCUGGCUGUUCUCACCUGUCUCCUGA